AUAAUACAUACUACUGGAACAACAACAACUAGUUUGCCUUUGUCUAUUAUCUAUUGCUUCCUGCAAUGAAUCUCUCCUCUCAAUUUCGAUAAAUCUUUAGUUGUCAGACCCAAAUCACCGAUCUAUUCGCAUCUACAGCUUUCUUCAAGGGCCGACCGCUGUCCAAUUUGCACAAUUUUUGAUCUGAAUCUCAUCUUAAUCGAAAUGAGGAAGAGAGAAAGAGAGAACCCUUGUGGGGUUUGCGGCCACUAUCACAAGUUCGAAGAAGGAGAGGUAUGUGGGAUUUGUGGACAUCGGAUGCCUGUUCUAUCGGAGAAAACUUCUCUCCAAGUCAGUGCUUUUCCUUCAGAGAUCUUGCCGGAGUUUCUCUAUCUGGGUAGCUAUGAUAACGCAUCGCGCUCCGAACUGCUCAAGACUCAGGGUAUCUCUCGCAUUCUCAAUACGGUACCUUCUUGUCAAAAUCUUUACAAGAACUCUUUCACUUAUCACUGUCUCCAAGAUGAUAAAAGCCUAUCUUUUGAUGAUGCCAUCCUGUUUCUAGAACAAUGUGAAAAAGAUAGAGCCCGUGUUCUUGUCCACUGCAUGUCAGGGAAAAGCAGGUCUCCAGCUGUUGUGAUUUCCUUCUUGAUGAAAAGCAGAAGAUGGACACUUGUACAGAGUUAUCAAUGGGUGAAAGAACGAAGACCAUCUGUUGAAAUCACUCAAGCUGUGAACCAGCAGUUACAGGAGUACGAGCUGAAGCUGUUUGGCCUGAUUGAGAACAUCAGCCCUCCUGCCUUACCAACCUUUCAACCCGAAGGUAUGCAAUCCUUCACCUUCGGAUUCUCAAAACCGAGUGAUCCACUAGCUCCAGUCCCAACAUUCGGUGGUCUUCAAAACAACAUUACAUCGUCAAUAUUUUCCCGUCCGUUGGAUGUUUCUCCUCUAGAAUUCACAUUCGGGGCUGGUCAAGCUCACAAGAACGCUUCUGGAUCUUCUUAUAUGGCAAACCAAACGAAUCCUAACAGCAACGAUGUACACAUGGAUGGCUCUUGAACACCUGAGUAUCUUCGGGUUUUAUAGUCUUUGAUCAACUAGCAGAAUUCUGAAAAAACUUGGUGAGUUUUUAUACAAUGAAAUAUUUAUGAAUGUUGUUGUCGGGUUUUUAUUGACUUUCAUAUGUUGCUCGUCUGGUUUGGCAUGCAAUCAAAUUUUUUUAGUUUGUAUGAGCCCCCUUGAAAUCAGAUGGUUUGCAGCUUCAAAGUAAAUGAAUUUAUAUACUUGUUUCAAGUGUUCUUAUUUCUCUAA